AUGGACGAGGAUUUAGUGAUCAUGGACGUCCAUGGCUUUGAAAUAAUGGACAGUGAGUCGACAAGGGGUAAGCUUUUUUUAACAGAUAAGCCACUUCGCGAGCUGUUCGCUGAUUGGGACGCAUAGAGAUAUGUAUGUGGUUUCAGUUAAUGAGCUGAUAACAGCCACUUCUAUCUAAUUAGCACACUAUUGAAAUUUAUAUUUUGGCUUUAACGUUUUUCUUUAUUUAACUUCCCCCUAGAUGUCCACACAGCCACCAUCAGCCAAAUGCGUUCCCAUACAGUGUCACUAACUCACAAGAUCUGAUAAGCACUUCUACUCUUUUAGUUGCUUUACAUUAAUUUUCGUUGCACGUUAAAUUUGGGUUAUAUAUUUAGGUAGCGACUUGCUGUAAAGUUUUUCUAAUCUAUAUACAUGUCUGCUCACAAUUAUAUAUUAAUUAAGAAUAUAAGGAUAAUUUAUCUACUGAUCACUUCUGGCAGUUAAAGGGUUUAAGUCAUAAGGUUUCGAUCAGCUAAUGAGAUGCCAGAUUAUUUUUUUGGACUGACACACGAUACCAAAGAGGCGUAACAAAGUGCUGUAAAAGUGAAACUACUGUAUAGGGCAAUUAGAAAAAGUAAAAAUGCUCAUAUCAAUCGUUUGAAAGUCUAUUUUUUUUCCUUUUUUUCAAGGCGAGGAUUUCUGGAAUGUUCCAGCAAAAAAAAUUUACGCCAUUACCCUCUCUGAUUGCCAAAAGAAAAAAAAAAACAAGCGGACAGGAGCAGAGGGAAAAACAAAAGAUAUAAACCAGAGAGAGAGCCUUUGGAUUUGGACGUGCUGGACGAAAUAUCAGAGAAAUUGGAUGACCUAG